GACCGAUCCAACAAAAUCCUUAGCAUGUUGCGCAAACGAAGGUUCGAUCUCAGGACCUCGCCACUGUGGUUUACCCACCUGACAACCCAGCCACCGACCCUGUGCUUCUUUUUUCGCAGAAUGCUGUACUUCAAUGAUCGCUUCGAACAUUUCUCCUGCGAGUUGUAUUUAGCUUGGUACCCUCGUCACCGAACAAAAACCUAUGUCGCCGUCACAAUGGCAAUGGCUACUGAGGACGACGCAGAGACUCAUUCGGUACCACAUGGGUGGCCUUUCACCGCUGAAGGCCAUCCUCGCUCUUUGGUCUUUCUUCAGGCGCCAAUUUGAGCGGUAUUCUUGUAUUCUACACGACCGAGCACGACGCAUUCACGACAGAGACACAUGCGUACCUCGUGAUGCGUCCAAUGAUUUCACGGUGACGAGAGUGGAUGGCACCGUCGACGAAGAGACAUCAGAUUCGAUAGUGGUGUGCCGCAGCGUCGUUCCGCCUGAUGACUCGGACUCCAUAUACAGCUUUGCUGUCGAGAAUAGCUCACGGUCUUCACUGGAUACUGUCACGACGUUCGCUACACCUAUGGCAAGCCGAUCUCAGGUCAAUUUGGCAGACUACGCCCACGUAAAUCUGUCGACUCGCCGCCUACCUCGCCAGGGCUCUCGGCCUUCAUCCAUCGUGCAACUUCCAACUGGCCAAAAUUCUCCCUAUUCAUAUUCCUACUCUGAUACUUCACGGUCGUCUCAGAAUGUCCGCCAUUCGAUGUCUAACUUGGGGACAUAUACACACGAGAGCCCAUUUUCUCACCAACCCUCUCGUCUUCGACCUACUUCCAUGAUCGGGACUCGGUCAUGUCCCAGUUUUAAUAACGAAACAUCGACAGUCAUAGUGCAACCUCUUCCUUCCGAUGUACCGCACGAUGGUCCUGAUGUCACCAUCCCUGGCGACGUCACUACAUUGAUGUCUGCGUAUCCUCUAUUCUGGCCAAUAGCCCCCGAACAAGUCAAAAGAGUCAAAAGAUACGAAAGAGAGAUUGUGGAACAGAAAGAAACAGAUUACCGGAUCAGUCCUUUGACAACCUCAUUUAAACCACCCGACCUGGUUCCUAAUGAGUGGGCUACGUAUGUACAUCCUGAGGGUGCCCGCUACUUUGUUCACGAGUGGAAGGUGUCCCCAUGCACUGGUAACUAUCAUGAUGCCAUGAUAUCUUCUGGAUGUUUGCUACCGAAGAUAUUCACGGAUAUUAACCUCUACGAUCCGGACAAGUUGGACCUCAUUACGAAGUUCAUGGUUGAUAUGAAAGACUACAUUCGGGCAAAGGGCAUCAACAUACAUCCCAAUGUUGAUCUUGUGUUUGACCUUAGACGAGACCCGGACAACGGCAAUAUUUGUUGCGUGUAUUACUUCGCAAGCCAUGAUGAUCGGUCUGUCUUUUGGCUGGACGACUUCAAUGCCGCCUAUUUUAAUAGAUGGGAUGGCGACAAAGGUAUAACUUUUACAUCACAAGUUGGAUGUGAGGUGGAGUCGCAAUACUGGCAUCAUUGCCAACAUUUCCCUACGUGCCGGGAAAUGGACAUGAAUACAAUCAACGAACUGAGAGAUAUCUUGAUUCACUGCAUUGGAGAUUUGACUUCAAAGACGGCUAACUGCCCUUACGACGUUUGCGAUUUACAGCAAAUUCUUUCCCUCACGAAUAGCAUCAAGGAAACUUCCCUCUUCGGAGAUUUCCAAAGUCCAAGCUCAGUGUCCAGUAUAAGUCGUUUCAUGCACAUCUUUGUCCAACGACGAUUUUACAACUUCCACGGAUUUGACUGUGACAAGUCUAUUGACGGCAUCAAACCGAAACGCAUACCACUAUCGCCAGUCUUAUUUUUUGCACCUGAUAUUUAUUUCGAUUCCCUCCAUAAGAUCUGGGAUGGCGGAAUGCUCACCAAAACAUCCUGGACUGUCUUUGUUGACAAACUGAAGGCCGAAUGGCAAGACCUGAUCCUAAAUUCUACUGUUUUGCUCAACGCCAAUGUUUCCUUCCUUGCCAUUCAGAGUGUCGAUGAUUCUAGUGCUAACGGGGGACCGUCCCCGGUGCAGGUAUUAAGUUACCUCUCAAUCAUCGCAAGCAUCGGCAGUAUCAUUUUGGGUUUGUUUCUGAUUCGGAGGAAUCGGUGGAUGCCGAGUAAUUCACCCACCGAAACGGGCCUACAGCGCUUCCUUAAUUCACGGAAGCAACAUUACACUAAUCUGGAGAGACUGGCUAUAAUGUACAGUAUACCCUAUGCUCUACUCAUGUGGUCUAUGAUCGCUUUCCUGUCGGCGUUUAGCCUUAUGUGCUUCACGGCUUCCGAUGUAGCCGUAGGAAUGCUCAUGGGUACCAUGUGGUUAACGAUAACCGCUCUUAUCUGUUUCAGCGCGUCUCCGUGGGAGGGCAAGCAAAGCGACUACCAUUGGUACAGGUUGCUUUCUUCGUUUGGAACCAAGAUUCGGGAAAGGUUACCCCGUGCGCCGUCCGUGCAUAUUGUGGAGAUAAUCAAUAGCCUCAAUUGGACGAGAACCCGUGGCUCUGCGGUAGAUCUGGAGGAGACGGUUGCAUGAUUGAGAGGUGAUUGUGUAUACCAUGUUACGAUGGCGAUUUCCUUGCUGUAUAGAUAGAUUUACCCUCUGUAUCAAUCGUUGUCUAUGUUACGAGAAUUUAUGUGCAUGUCAUUCGCCGAGAAAACUCGACACCCUACGCCAACACACCCGAAGGAACUGUAUUGUUGAAUGGGAGGACUAGGUACAAGAGGGAAGAAGGCGACCUCAGCAGCAGUUCUACCACUGCGUCUUAGUAGGAGAUAGUGUACUUGUUGCGAUCAAUCAAAUGCAGAG